CUGUAUGGUGACAGAGGAUGGAUGUAGUUAUUUGUCUUCAGCUCUGACUGCACAACCCUCAUGCUUGAGAGAGCUGGAUCUAAGCUAUAAUCACCCUGGAGAUUCAGGAGUCAAGCUACUCUCUGAAAAACUGGAGGAUCCAAACUGCUCACUGGAUAAAUUCAAUGUGGAUCAUGGAGGAGAAUCCAGGAUUACAGCAGGACUACAGAAAUAUUCCUGUUUUCUCACACUGGAUCCAAACACGGCAAACACUGAACUCAUUCUGUCUGAGGAGAACAAAAAGGUGACAUGUGUGAUGAAGAAACAGCCGUAUCCUGAUCAUCCAGAAAGAUUUGAUGAUGUGCGUCAGGUGUUGUGUAGAGAGAGUGUGUGUGGACGCUGUUACUGGGAGAUUGAGUGGAGUGGAUCUGUGUUAAUAUCAGUCUCAUAUGAGAACAUCAGCAGGAAGGGAUCAGGUGUUGAGUGUAGGUUUGGACGUAAUGACCAGUCCUGGAGUUUGAUCUGCACUCCUGACAGUUACUCAUUCAGACACAAUAACAAACAGACUGAUCUCCCUGUGAAGUCCAUCAUCAGGAGAAUAGGAAUGUAUGUUGAUGAUGCUGUCAGGAGAAUAAGAGCGUAUCAUGAUGAUGAUGAUAAUAAUGAUGAUGAUAGUGAUGAUGAUGAUGUCAGGAGAAUAGGAGUGUUUGUGGAUCACAGAGCAGGAAUUCUGUCCUUCUACAGAGUCUACAGAAACACGGUGAGCCUCAUGCACACAGUCCAAACCACAUUCACUCAGCAGCUCUAUCCUGGGUUUAGAGUAAAUUUUCUGUCUUCAGUGAAACUGUGUUGAUGAAUCAGAAGAGUCUGAUGAGAGAUUCUAUCCAUAAUGUUUGAGGUGCAUGAUAAAUCAGUAACAGUGAGAUGUUUUGUGCCACGUUUCCACCGUAAUUACCUGGAACAUUUGUACCCGGAACUAUUUUCCCCCCAGACCUGUUGCCAUUUGUGUUUCCACCAGGGCUUGAAAACGGAAAAAAAAUCAGUUCACUCCGAGCAGAAACGAUAUGUUAAAGUUUCUAUUCUGCGUUCCUCUGAUAUUAUUACCGUUCCAAAACC